AUGGUCUACAGUCAGGCAUGGCUGGAUGUGGAGAAAGCUCAAGGUGGCCGUUUCGCGGUGCAUGGUACCCCAGAAGAAAUCAAAGCGGCGCACAUCAAAAUGUCUGAAACUAUGGCAAAGCUUGCUCCUCAACCGUCAGACACAGUGGUGGCCAGCGACGGUGAAGUUGAAGAAAUCGAAUAUAGACUUUACACCCCUAAGGGGCACUCCAUUGAGCGGCCAUUGCCUGUUGGAAUAUACACCCAUGGUGGUGGAUGGAUGACAGGGGAUCUGGACUCAGAGGACUGGGUUUGCAGGGCAGUCUCAGAGAAAGCAUCGUGCAUUAUCAUAAGCGUGGACUACCGGCUUACACCGGAGUUUCAAAUGCCGAGUCAACUUAAUGAUACACUCGGUGUAUACACCUGGGCUAUCAAAAACGCCAGCAGCUUUGGUGGAGAUUCCACCCGAUUUUUCACAAUCGGAGCAUCGGCUAGCGGCGCAAUCGCGCUUGAGGUCGCAAAUCAGAUGGCGGCGAACCCAAAGUUACGCGAUACCAUUCGAGGUGUUGCUGCCUUGGUCCCAUCCACUCUACAUCCUGACUAUGUUCCAGCGGAGUACGAGUCCAUUUACAAAUCGUUCCAGGAGAACGCUACCAAUGUUCCGCUCGUUGACAGGGAGUCAAUGGAGACGUUCUAUAAACAUGCCGGUGUGGCUGCCCAAGACAGCAAUGUUUUCACUGCUCUAGCGACUGAAAACCACAAGCAUUUCCCACCAGUCUACUUUGUCUCGUGCGAGUACGAUCCUCUUAGAGAUGAUUCAUAUGUUAUGGAACAAGCAUUGAAGAACGCUGGUGUGCCCACACGACAUGAUCACUACAAAGGACUACCACAUUACUUCUGGGCGGUUCGAAGUCUUCCAGAAACCACGAACUUCGUCGAUAGUCUGGUGUGCGGUGUUCUGUGGCUUUUUGGUCAAAUGUAG